GGGGCUGGGAGGCCAGGCUCGGCCAUGAGUGCCCACCUGGCUAUGCCCUACCUGCGCUACCCCGGCACGGUCAGGUAUGGGGACUACUACUGGCUCUCUCCAGGGAGCAUGGACAGCGUGCCCGUGGAGGAGGCUCCGCCACCGGACCCCCUUCCCUUCCCCGCGGCGGAGGAGAUGCCCAGCCAGCCAGAUGUCUCUCCAGCUUCCUCUAGCUCUGGGACGCUCAUCCAGUACACCCCAGACUCUGCCACUAGCCCCACCACAGAACGCCCUUCUCCCCAUCCCUCUUUCCAGAAGGCUAAGGAGGAAGGUGAGGGUGUGGUGAAGAAGGCCAAGAGCCGCACAGCCUUUUCCCAGGAGCAACUGCAAGUCCUGCACCAGCGGUUCCAGAACCAGAAGUACCUUAGCCCCCAGCAGAUCCGGGAGCUGGCUGCUGCCCUGGGGCUUACCUACAAGCAGGUGAAAACAUGGUUUCAGAACCAACGGAUGAAAUUUAAACGCUGCCAGAAGGAGAGCCAGUGGGUGGAAAAAGGCGUGUAUCUACCACAGAAUGGGUUCCACCAGGCUGCAUACUUGGAUAUAACCCCCACGUUCCACCAGGGUUUCCCUGUUGGUGCCAGCAGAAACCUUCAGGCUGUGACCAACAUGCACCAGGCUUAUGGUGGUGGCCAGACUUACGGAAAUGGACAGAGCCUGUACUCGUUUGUGGCUGUGGAGGAUGAGGGGCUCUUUGGAAAAGGUGGGACAAGCUGCAAUACCCAGCAAGCCAUGGGUUUAUUAAGCCAGCAGAUGAACUUCUAUCAUGGCUACCCUGCCGAUAUGGAUUAUGUCAACCUGGAGUCAGAAGACACCUAUGGCUUCCAGAGCACCUCUAGCAGCAUGACACUGUUCUCGAGCUCUCCUGUACGACAUCAGUACCAGGCCCCUUGGCAUCCCUUGGGGACCCAGAGUGGCUAUGAGUCUUAG